AUGGUCAUGUGCACUAGAUACACCUUGGGAUUGCCCAGUGUGGGCACAAUCUGCACUGAUGGACUCUAUGGCACAACCACAGAAACUGCUGCAACCUUCCACGUAACAGUCCGAGAUGACAACAGCAUUGCUGUCUCUCUAGAAGCCUCAGAUGUCAUCAGUCCAGCAUCUGUGUAUGUUGUGAAGAUAACUGGUGAAUCCAAAAAUUAUUUCUUCGAAUUUGAGGAAUUCAACAGCACUUUGCCUCCUCCUGUUAUCUUUAAGGCCAAUUAUCAUGGCCUUUAUUACAUUAUCACCCUGGUGGUGGUAAAUGGAAAUGUGGUUACCAAGCCAUCCAGAUCUAUCACUGUGUUAACAAAACCUCUACCUGUAACCAGUGUUUCAAUAUAUGACUAUAAGCCUUCUCCUGAAACAGGAGUCUUGUUUGAAAUUCAUUAUCCAGAAAAAUAUAAUGUUUUCACAAGAGUGAACAUAAGCUACUGGGAAGGGAAAGCCUUCCGGACAAUGCUAUACAAAGAUUUCUUUAAGGGAAAAACAGUAUUUAAUCACUGGCUGCCAGGAAUAUGUUAUAGUAAUAUCACCUUUCAGCUGGUUUCUGAGGCAACUUUUAAUAAAAGUACUCUUGUGGAGUACAGUGGUGUCAGCCAUGAACCGAAGCAGCACAGAACUGCUCCUUAUCCACCUCGAAAUAUUUCUGUUCGAAUUGUAAAUUUGAACAAAAACAACUGGGAAGAACAAAGUGGCAGUUUCCCAGAGGAAUCAUUCAUGAGAUCACCAGAAACAACAGAAAAAGACAGAAUCUUCCAUUUUACAGAGGAAACUCCUGAGCCACCUGGAAACAUUUCUUCUGGUUGGCCUGAUUUUAAUAGCAGUGACUAUGAAACUACGUCUCAGCCAUAUUGGUGGGACAGCGCAUCUGCAACUCCUGAAAGUGAAGAUGAAUUUGUCAGCGUACUUCCCAUGGAAUACGAAAAUAACAAUACACUCAGUGAGGCUGAGAAGUCUACUCCAGCCCCUUUCUCUUUCUUCCCUGUGCAAAUGAUAUUGAGCUGGUUACCCCCAAAACCCCCCACUGCCUUUGAUGGGUUCCAUAUUCACAUAGAGAGAGAAGAGAACUUCACUGAAUAUUUGACAGUGGAUGAAGAGGCGCAUGAAUUUGUUGCAGAACUCAAGGAGCCCGGGAAAUACAAGUUAUCUGUGACAACCUUUAGUGCCUCAGGAUCUUGCGAAACUCGAGAAAGUCAGUCAGCAAAAUCACUAAGCUUUUAUAUCAGUCCUACAGGAGAGUGGAUUGAAGAAUUGACAGAGAAGCCCCGGCAUGUGAGCGUCCAUGUUUUAAGCUCGACCACUGCUUUGAUGUCCUGGACAUCUUCCCAGGAGAACUAUAAUAGCACCAUUGUGUCUGUGGUGUCACUGACCUGCCAAAAACAAAAGGAGAGCCAGAGGCUUGAAAAGCAGUACUGUACACAGGUGAACUCAAGCAAACGUAUUAUUGAAAAUCUGGUUCCUGGUGCCCAGUACCAGGUUGUGAUGUACCUAAGAAAAGGCCCUCUGAUUGGACCACCUUCAGAUCCUGUGACAUUUGCCAUUGUGCCUACUGGAAUAAAGGACUUAAUGCUUUAUCCCUUGGGUCCUACAGCAGUGGUUCUGAGCUGGACCAGACCUUACCUAGGAGUGUUCAGAAAAUACGUGGUUGAAAUGUUUUAUUUCAAUCCUGCAACUAUGACAUCUGAGUGGACCACCUACUAUGAAAUAGCCGCAACUGUCUCCUUAACUGCUUCCGUGAGAAUAGCUAAUCUGUUGCCAGCAUGGUACUACAACUUUCGGGUAACCAUGGUGACAUGGGGAGAUCCAGAACUGAGCUGUUGUGACAGUUCCACCAUAAGCUUCAUCACAGCCCCAGUAGCUCCAGAAAUCACUUCUGUGGAAUAUUUCAACAGCCUGCUAUACAUCAGCUGGACAUAUGGGGAUGACACAACAGACCUGUCACAUUCUAGAAUGCUACACUGGAUGGUUGUAGCAGAAGGAAAGAAGAAAAUUAAAAAGAGUGUAACACGCAAUGUCAUGACCGCAAUUCUCAGCUUGCCUCCAGGAGACAUCUACAACCUUUCAGUAACUGCUUGCACUGAAAGAGGAAGUAAUACCUCCAUGCUCCGCCUUGUCAAGCUAGAACCAGCUCCUCCAAAAUCACUCUUUGCAGUGAACAAAACUCAGACUUCGGUGACUUUGCUGUGGGUGGAAGAGGGCGUAGCUGAUUUCUUCGAAGUCUUCUGUCAACAAGUUGGCUCUGGUCAGGAAGCCAAACUCCAGGAGCCAGUUGCUGUUUCUUCUCAUGUUGUGACCAUCUCUAGUCUCCUUCCAGCCACUGCUUACAACUGUAGUGUCACCAGCUUUAGCCACGACAGCCCCAGUGUUCCUACAUUUAUAGCUGUCUCAACAAUGGUUACAGAGAUGAACCCGAACGUGGUAGUAAUCUCAGUGCUGGCCAUCCUUAGCACACUUCUAAUUGGUCUGCUGCUUGUUACUCUCAUCAUUCUUAGGAAGAAACAUCUGCAGAUGGCUAGGGAAUGUGGAGCAGGAACAUUUGUCAAUUUUGCAUCCUUAGAGAGAGAUGGAAAGCUUCCCUACAACUGGCGUAGAAGCAUCUUUGCUUUCUUAACUCUGCUGCCUUCAUGUCUUUGGACUGAUUAUCUUUUGGCAUUUUAUAUUAACCCUUGGAGUAAAAAUGGCUUAAAGAAGAGGAAACUAACUAACCCGGUUCAACUGGAUGACUUUGAUUCUUACAUCAAGGAUAUGGCCAAAGACUCUGACUAUAAAUUUUCCCUUCAAUUUGAGGAGUUGAAAUUGAUCGGACUGGAUAUUCCACAUUUUGCUGCCGAUCUUCCACUGAACCGAUGUAAAAACCGUUACACAAACAUCUUGCCAUAUGACUUUAGCCGAGUGAGAUUAGUCUCCAUGAAUGAAGAGGAAGGUGCAGACUAUAUUAAUGCCAACUAUAUUCCUGGGUACAACUCACCCCAGGAGUACAUUGCCACCCAGGGGCCGCUGCCUGAAACCAGAAAUGACUUCUGGAAGAUGGUCCUACAACAGAAGUCGCAGAUGAUUGUCAUGCUCACUCAAUGCAAUGAGAAAAGGAGGGUGAAAUGCGACCAUUAUUGGCCAUUCACGGAAGAACCCAUCGCCUACGGGGACAUUACCGUGGAGAUGAUCUCGGAGGAAGAACAGGAUGACUGGGCCCAUAGACAUUUCCGGAUCAACUACGCUGAUGAGAUGCAGGAUGUGAUGCAUUUUAAUUACACUGCAUGGCCUGAUCACGGUGUACCCACAGCAAAUGCUGCUGAAAGUAUCCUGCAGUUUGUACACAUGGUCCGACAGCAAGCCACCAAGAGCAAAGGCCCCAUGAUCAUUCACUGCAGUGCUGGAGUGGGGCGGACAGGAACCUUCAUUGCUCUGGACAGACUCUUGCAGCACAUUCGGGACCAUGAGUUUGUCGACAUCUUAGGGCUCGUGUCGGAAAUGAGGUCAUACAGGAUGUCUAUGGUACAGACAGAGGAGCAGUACAUUUUUAUCCAUCAGUGUGUGCAGCUGAUGUGGAUGAAGAAGAAGCAGCAAUUCUGCAUCAGUGACGUCAUAUACGAAAAUGUUAGCAAGUCCUAG